GGCGGCGGUAGCGGCACCAGUCUGAACCAGAACUGUACGGGGAAGGCAGGGGGGAAGGAAAGCCUUGAACAUCGGGCUAACAAGAAGAUAAAGGAGAAAACUGGAACGCUACCACGGAUUUCUUGUGGGACAAGCGCACAGGCCUCGCUGCGAAAACGAUGCCUCACACCAGACGGUACUCGUCUUCGGACAGAGACAGUCGAAGCAGCUACCAAGACCGUUACAGAGACCGAGACAGAGGGCGAAGACACCGGCACAGAAGAUCGCCUACGUACUCCUCCAGCAGUGACAGAGACCGAGACCGAGACAGAAGAGGGCGGGGACACAGACAGGAAGGAAGCUAUGCACGCUCAAGGAGUCGUAGCUAUGACAAUCGCUCUACGGAGCACCGGCCGUUUGACCGAAGAUACUGCGAGGGAUACAGACGCUUGGAUCAGAGCCGAGAUCGAGACCGCGACAGAGAACGGGAGCCACACGGAGCAGCUGAAAGUUACUACCCACGCGACUUCUCCCCAAACUUGUACGACUACCGACGUGGCCGCGAGAGGGAGCGCGAGCGGGACGAGUCGUACCGGCGGAAAGGCAGCAGGCGUAAGCACAAACGAAGGCGGCGUAGAACCAGGUCCUAUAGCCCAUCCUCCUCGCGGAGCAACAGCCGGACACGGGCACUGAGUGUGAGGGACGACGAGGAAGGGCACCUGAUCUGUCGGAGUGGGGACGUCCUGCAAGAGAGAUAUGAGAUUGUCAGCACUUUGGGGGAAGGCACCUUUGGGAGGGUGAUGCAGUGCAUUGACCACCGCAGGGGAGGAGCCCAUGUUGCUCUGAAGAUUAUCAAGAAUGUGGAGAAAUACAAGGAAGCAGCUCGCUUGGAGAUCAAUGUAUUGGAGAAGAUUAAUGAAAAGGACCCUGAUAACAAAUUCCUUUGUGUACAGAUGUAUGAUUGGUUUGACUACCAUGGUCACAUGUGUAUCUCGUUUGAGCUACUUGCUCUCAGCACCUUCGACUUUCUAAAGGAAAACAACUACCUGCCCUACUCAAUUGGUCAGGUCAGACACAUGGCCUACCAAAUCUGCCUCGCUGUAAAAUUUCUCCAUGACAAUAAGCUGACACACACAGACCUGAAGCCUGAGAAUAUCCUCUUUGUAAACUCAGACUUCACAAUGUCCUUCAAUGUAGAGAAGAAGCGAGAAGAGCGGACGGUUAAGAGCACGGCUGUACGAGUGGUGGACUUUGGCAGUGCCACUUUUGAUCAUGAGCACCACAGCACGAUUGUGUCCACGCGGCAUUACCGUGCUCCUGAGGUCAUACUAGAGCUGGGCUGGAGCCAUCCCUGUGACGUGUGGAGCAUUGGCUGUAUCCUGUUUGAGUACUACCUGGGCUUCACCUUGUUUCAGACUCAUGACAACAGGGAGCAUCUGGCCAUGAUGGAGAGAAUCCUGGGACCAGUGCCCUCUCGGAUGAUUCGUAAGACGAGGAAGCAGAAGUAUUUCUAUCGUGGCCGUCUGGACUGGGAUGAAAGCUCUUCAGCAGGGAAAUACGUCAGAGAAAACUGCAAACCCUUACGGCGGUACUUAUUGUCGGAGGCGGAGGAACACCACCAGUUGUUUGACCUCAUUGAAAGCAUGUUGGAGUACGAGCCCUCCAAGAGGCUGGUGCUGGCCGACUCCCUCAAACACCCGUUCUUUGAUAACGGGGGCAGUGGCGAGGCAGCGGGCAGCAAGAACUGGGAGGGCAACCGGGACAUCAGCCGGUGACCCGCGAGCCUCCAAAGACUGAAUAACAGAGGAUAUCAAGUCUUUCAUAUGUGGAGCAGGUGAACUGUUGAAUAAAUCGGGGCUUCAGAUGUUCUGUCGUUUGUCAUUAAAGCAUGGACACCAUAACUUCUUGCUCCUCCACCCUGCCCCCUCCGACAUCCACCUCUGCAGCCACAAGAGGCAUGUUCCUGCAGCAGAGAGACCAAAAUAAUCAACAAAAGACUGGAAAGGAGUCAAAAUGAAUCUUUUCUAGCAGCCACAGCCUCAAAAGUAGCCCUCUAUGCAGCUCCUGUCUUCCUUUUGACUUCGGAACCACCUUCUUCUCUUCCAUCCGUCCAUCUAUUGUUUUCAUCAGCAUGUAAAGAAAGUAAUUCACCUUUCUAAGGAAAUAAGCACUACAAAAUCAGUUAUACAGUAACUCAGUUUUGUAGAAGAAAUGUCUUCCGAUUCUGAAGUCGAAGGAAAGGGUAAAAAGGAGAUAGAGCUGUAUAUGCAGCGCAAGUCCUCACCCUCAUAAUUCUAAACGUGGAGUCAUGCAAGAUAUUCUAUUACGCUACCAUCAGAUCAUUCAGAUUGAAUAUCACAUUUCUGUGGAAAUUACUAAUAUCUCCAGCAGAGACAAGUGUCUCAAGUUUUUGUUGACGUUUUUGUUAAGUGAGCACUUGCAUUGCAUAUGGUUUUUUUUUUUUUAUAUGUAUAAAAGGAUUAUCCCUUAUAUGGAGACUCUUGCCCUUAAUAUUCGGUCGUUAGACCUGUUAUUAUUCGCCAAUGAGAUGAUAAUGGUGAUGGACACUCCACACAAAGGCAUCGGGCCUGUCUUAUUGAUAGAUAUGUUUAUGUUAUGCAAUGCUUUCUGGGUGUGUGAGUGUGAGAGUGUGUGUGUGUGUAGGGGUGGGAUGGUGUGGGUGACACGUUCAUCUUAAUGUUUUUCUCAGUGGCUUCUUAGUAGUUCAGCAUUAGUCAUGGGAGCAUUCUGACAUACUUUUAAAACACAAAAAAGAUAAACUGCCUUGUCCAUGUGUGAUAUGGUCAGACCUGAAGUCUCUCCAUUGAGGUUAAGCACACAGCUCGUGGUGGUUGCCAAUGAGCCACACACAACUCCUGUUGACAGUAUUUAUUUUAAGUUCCAAUAGGUCAUAGUCUCCACCCCCCACCUGUACAUGACUUGUUUUUUUUGUAUGAAAUUAAAGCGUAUAAAACUGUAUAUAUGUAUUAUUGUGUAGAAUUAAAGUUAAGUCCUCCUUGCCAAAGGCUUAUGGUGCUCUCAGUAUCAGUUUCGGCCUCUGGUAGCAAAAGGGAGGCGUUCUGUCUUUAAAUACCA